UCUCUCUCUCUCUCUCAGUUCUCUGUGAGGGUCUGUGGCUCUGCUGUUCUGAUGAACGCUCUCAGUAAAGUAUGGAGGAGCUGAGCAGCUGCUGGACUUCCUGGCUCUCCCUCGCUUUAAGCCGCUCGGGACUAAAUGAACAUCCUCUCCAUUAGCACCGGAGGAGCGCGCGCGGGGACCAAAGGCACGGUAGAGCCGCCCACUUUCUCUCCAGCAUGAGCAGAGUCUCGAGUGUGAGUGUCGCCAUGGUUAUGGCCCUGCUUUGGUCGAGCCUCACUGACUGUCAGCUCCCAGCGGACCAGAAGAAGGUUGCUCCUAGGUCAGAGUCCCAGUUGGCGGUUAAUGAUGGUGCCCCUCCAGGGUCGUGGGGCUCCUGGAGCCAAUGGGGUGAAUGUUCCCGCUCCUGUGGUGGGGGGGUCCAGGAGCAAACAAGGCCAUGCAUCCCCACCUUUAAUCCUCCAGCCACAGCAUAUGCUCCCAGACAGGCUCCUCACACGAGGCAACAGCAACCCGGGCAUGUGGUGUCAGCCUUGAGACCCUCAAUGCCGCUGCAUCAUGGGAAUACUCACCACACCAUCCGCGAGCCAUACAGGAAGCAGCAGAGUGACCCACGACCUGGGAGACGGCGAAGCCACAGUGGCCGAAUCACUCCAGGGAUGUAUGGCUAUGGGAAGAUGCCGUAUGUCAUAUCCUCACAGAGAGACAUGGGCUCCCAUCAGCACAGCCCCCAUCAGUCUCACCCCCCGACUGAUUACCGACCCCACAGCUAUAGGCAGCACCAGCAGAGCCUCAGAAGUACUCACCAAAAUACUCACCACAACAAUCAGCAGGCAGCCUGGGUUCCUCUGCACCAGCCCAGCCCAGGCCUUCAGGCUCAGCCAGAGCAGCAGUAUCCUUCUGGUACCCUGGCGUCAGGGGGUGGCCACACGUCCGCUCAAGCCAGACCCUACAACCCCCUACCAGCCUCGUCCUGCUCCGGAGAGCCCAGCCAGUACAAGAUGUGCAACAUGAAUCCUUGUCCCCCAGCCAGCAGGCAUAUCAGAGACGUCCAGUGUUCCUCCUAUAACAGCCAGCCCUUUAUGGGCCGACUCUACGAAUGGGAACCUUUCAACGAAGUUCCUGGAGACCAGCUGUGUGAGCUCAACUGUCGGGCGAUCGGAUACCGUUUUUACGUCCGUCAGUCGGACCGGGUCAUCGACGGGACUCCAUGUGGACAGAACGAUACGUCCAUCUGUGUAGCCGGGAAGUGUCAGAGUCCUGGCUGUGAUGAGUACCUGGGCUCAGGGAAGGUGAUGGAUAAGUGUGGCGUGUGCGGAGGGGAUAACACAGCCUGUAAGCUGGUCUCCGGCCUGUUCCAGCACAGCCUUUCUAAAGUGGGCUACCACAAGAUUGUGGAGAUUCCAGAGGGAGCCACCAAGAUCAACGUCACAGAGAUGGUGAAGAGCCAAAACUACCUCGCUCUGCGGAGCCGUUCUGGACGCUCCAUCAUAAAUGGAAACUGGGCCAUUGACCGGCCUGGAAAGUAUGAGGGAGGCGGGACCAUGUUCACAUACCGGCGGCCCAAUGAGAUCAGCAGCACUGCGGGGGAGUCCUUUCAGGCGGAGGGUCCAACCAAUGAAAUACUGGACGUUUAUAUGAUCUACCAGCAGCCCAACCCAGGAGUGCAUUACGAGUACAUCCUUCCAUCAGAGAACUCGGUCAGCACGGCCGGUAACACAGAAGACGGUAACACAGUGACCAGUGGGGCGGGAUAUGACCAGCACAGACGGCCAUCCCAGGAAGGAUAUGAACAGACAGGUGGGCACAGUUACCACCCCCAUGCACCUGACAACCAGGUACCCGCAGCCCAGCCGCCCCGGCGAAGCAGAGAAUAUAAUUGGAAACUCACGGGCACGACUGACUGCAGCGCCUCCUGUGGCAAAGGUAACAGGUAUACAGUGUUUGGCUGUGUCCAUCGCCUCACUCAUGACCGGGUGUCGGACAGUCUGUGUGACAGCAGUACCAAACCCAGCCCACAGGAGGAGCCCUGCAACGUCCAGCCGUGUCCUGCAUUUUGGGACAUUGGCGAGUGGUCAGAGUGCAGUAAGACGUGUGGCCUCGGCAUGCAGCACCGGCAGGUCCUCUGCCGCCAGGCCUACGCCAACCGCACCCUCAACGUCCACUCCAGCCGCUGCCGCCACCUGGAGCGUCCCGAGAGCAGCGGCACCUGCCAAAUGAAGAUUUGCAGCGAGUGGCAGAUCCGCUCCGAAUGGAGUCCCUGCUCGGUGCCCUGCGGGGUGGGUCAGAGGUCGCGGGAGGUGCGCUGUGUCAGUAACGUGGGUGAUUUUGUGGAGGAUGAGGAGUGUAAUAUGAAGCUUCGUCCCAGUGAUGUGGAGAACUGUGACAUGGGGCCGUGUGCGAAGAGCUGGUUCCACACAGACUGGGCCAACAAAUGCUCUGCUGAGUGUGGGAUGGGCGUGCAGAGCCGCAGUGUGGUCUGCCUUACUAACCACAUCAGCAGUCUGCCUCUGGAGGGCUGUGGGCCAGAUCGCCCCCCAGAGGCACAGGCCUGCAACAACGGGCCCUGCGAGAGCCGCACUGAGUGGUUCAGCGGGCCGUGGGGGCAGUGCUCUGCUGAGUGUGGCACAGGCAGCCAGCAGAGGGCAGUAGUGUGUCUGAUGAAGUCAGAAGAGGGCUACACAGUGAUGCCACCAUAUGAAUGCUCUUCUCUGGACAAGCCACUCGGUCAGCAGAGCUGCCAUAUGAAAGCCUGUGGAGCAAAGUGGUACUACACGGCCUGGAGUGCGUGCUCGAAGACAUGUGAGGGGGGAUUUCGUGUGCGAGAGGUCCGCUGUCUCUCUGAUGAAAUGACGCCGAGUGAGGGGUGUGAAGAAGGACUCAAACCGGAGGAGAAAGAGGAGUGCAACACCGAACCCUGUGUUCCACACAUAGAUGAAAACUGUCAUGACAAGUACUUCAACUGCAACGUGGUGGUCCAGGCUCGACUCUGCGUGUAUAAUUACUAUAAGAUGGCGUGUUGUGCCUCCUGUACACGCGUGGCCCAGCGACAGUCGGCAUCCAAAAGCUACAGAUAGGACUAACCACUGGGAACCUCACCCACCUCGAGCCUGCCACAAGAGGGUGCCAUAACCAGACACAGCACACUCCAAGAGAACCAGCUGUGGGUGCUGUCAACAAACAGUGUGAUCAGGUGGAGAAAAACUGUGCUUGGGAAACAAAGGGGAAUCCCACAGAACUAAAAAGUCAGACGAUGCUCUGAGGAGACUGUCCAGAGAACCAAUUUGUGGAUGACGACUCUGAUCUGAGCCACAGAAGCAGGACGUCUUGGAUUCUCCUGGAUUUUACUAACUGUAUUUGGUCAUGGGACGCUUGUGUAAGAGCGAUGACCACAGUGGCCCACACGCGUCCAUCACACGGUGCUUGGUUAUUAACUCAAGUUGAAGAUUCUAACAGGAUUUCAUAUAAUGUGUGUGUAUAGUGAUCUACAAACACAAACACAAAAUUCAGCAAAACACAAAACAUCAUGCCUGGUGAUAGAACUAAUGGGCUGCACAUCGAAAGGACAAGAAGAUUGACUCACUCAAGUAUCAGCAAAGCGUGUCCUGCCAAAACUGGCUCUAGCCACCAUCACUUCUUUUAAAAUAAAUGAAUCUUCAGUUGGCAUUUUUUACAUCCACCCAAAGUUAGAUUGUCAUGCUUAUAAAAUGGCCAAUAAAGGAAUUAAAUCCAUAUUUGGAUAACAAAUCAGGCUUCUACAGAUACUGAAGUCUUGCUAGCAUUCUAUCAUGCACUGCUAUUUACCUCUAAGCCUCUAAGGAGCUUUUUACUUUAUAGUCCAUCCGAAGUUCAUUUUGGAACUAGAAUCAGGACACUUUUGAUAUUAUUGUCACAGCCAUCAUGGAGAAACGAUAAUUUUAGCAUUCCAGUGUUCAUGUGAGGUGCAAAGCAGAUGAGAAUUAACACUAAGAUAAGAACUGCCCUGAAAGAGAACCAAGCUUUGAUUUGGCACCAUUAUGUGGCAUGGAAUUAUAGGGAAGUCUCAUUGAUGUUAAAAGGCAGCAAUAUGUGUAACGAUGACAGAUUUUUAUGUUAAAAUAAAAAAGUAGCAUAACUGAGUAGAUAGGAGGAAAAAAAAUAUGCUAAAAUUGUAAUGUGCCAUUGAGUUUCACCGUAUAAAAGCUGAAAUAUUUAUUAAAAAAAUCAGAGGUUUGGUGGUUAAAAUAUUGCAUUAAUCGCGUUCACACUGACCGUUAACAUGCGUGAUUGGCGUGAAAGACUAAACUGAUUAACAAAGCACAAAAAUUUGCUUUGGGUCCAUUUUCAACGCAUGCCAAGUGCAGUUUCUAGACAGAAAAGUGAAAAAAGGCAGUGUUUAUGUUAUUAUAUACAGUCUAGGCCAGGAGUCGGCUACCCAAAUGUUAAGAAGAGCCAUUUUGUCCUUUUAACAAAAAUCAAAUCACUUUGGGAAACACAACAUUUUGUGUCCAUUUUACCUUCGUGCCUGAAAAUAUGUCUCAGUAUGUGCUGAU